AGAUUCAUUCCUUUUUAUUCGUGAUCAUUUACUCCACUAUGCCUACAGACUCAAUUGGUGCCUGGUUCUAGGUACUAGGGUUAGAAAGGACUGUGACACGGCUUCUGCCCUCAAGAAACUCACUGUCUACAGGGAGACACAGGAAAAGAGGUAGCUAUGACAUGGCGUGCAUCAUAUGUUAAGUAUGGCUGAAAAUAAUUGGAUAAUGGAACCAGGCAAAGUGCUGCUAGAUGUCUUAGGAAGUGUUGCCAAGGACUCUUGAUCUUGUUGAACUUGAUGGUAAACAAACCAGGUGGAGAGUAGGAAGUUGGGCCCCUGAUGAUGCCCCAGGCUUGGGGUGCCUUCGGUGAGGCUGGAGUCUCAUCUGGAGGGUGUGGUCUUCACCUCCCUGCAGAAUUGCUGGGCUGCAUGCAGGAAAUCAUCCGGCUGUGUGCGCCCGUGAUUGGAGGGAGGUUGCGGUUGGAAUAAUGAACACGGCAGUGUCGGCAGAGGUGAUUGGCCGGGCACUGCUGCAGUGAGAAUGCAGCCUGGAUGCUUGGGUCCUCGGCUUGUGUGAUGAUCAUCAGUUGAAUGAGGACAGCUGAAUAAUUGGGGAGCUCGAAGUUGCUUCUGCUCCUGGAGAGAAAAUUGUACAAGCCGGAGAUAAAGACCUUGAUGGGCAGCUAGACUUUGAAGAGUUUGUCCAUUAUCUCCAGGAUCAUGAGAAGAAACUGAGGCUGGUGUUUAAGAGUUUGGACAAAAAGAACGAUGGACGAAUCGAUUCUCAGGAGAUCAUGCAGUCCCUGCGGGACCUGGGAGUCAAGAUAUCUGAGCAGCAGGCAGAAAAAAUUCUCAAGAGCAUGGAUAAAAACGGCACGAUGACCAUCGACUGGAACGAGUGGAGAGACUACCACCUUCUGCAUCCUGUGGAAAACAUCCCCGAGAUCAUCCUGUAUUGGAAGCAUUCCACGAUCUUUGAUGUGGGUGAAAAUCUGACGGUCCCUGAUGAAUUCACCGUGGAGGAAAGGCAGACGGGGAUGUGGUGGAGACACCUCGUGGCAGGAGGUGGGGCAGGGGCUGUCUCCAGAACCUGCACAGCUCCCCUGGACAGACUCAAGGUGCUCAUGCAGGUCCAUGCCUCCCGCAGCAACAACAUGUGCAUCGUUGGCGGAUUCACCCAGAUGAUUCGAGAGGGAGGGGCCAAAUCCCUCUGGCGGGGCAACGGCAUCAACGUCCUCAAAAUUGCCCCCGAGUCAGCCAUCAAAUUCAUGGCGUAUGAGCAGAUCAAGCGUCUUGUAGGUAGUGACCAGGAGACACUAAGGAUUCAUGAGAGGCUUGUGGCUGGGUCCUUGGCAGGUGCCAUCGCCCAGAGCAGCAUCUACCCAAUGGAGGUUUUGAAGACCCGAAUGGCCCUGCGGAAGACAGGCCAGUACUCUGGCAUGCUGGACUGUGCCAGAAAGAUCCUGGCCAGAGAGGGGGUAGCUGCCUUCUACAAAGGCUACGUCCCCAACAUGCUGGGGAUCAUCCCCUACGCCGGGAUAGACCUGGCCGUCUACGAGACACUCAAGAAUGCCUGGCUGCAGCGUUAUGCGGUGAACAGCGCUGACCCUGGCGUGUUUGUGCUCCUGGCCUGUGGUACCAUGUCCAGCACCUGUGGACAGCUGGCCAGUUACCCACUGGCCCUGGUCAGGACUCGGAUGCAGGCGCAAGCCUCCAUCGAGGGUGCGCCAGAGGUGACCAUGAGCAGCCUCUUCAAACACAUCCUGCGGACCGAGGGGGCCUUUGGGCUAUACCGGGGGCUGGCCCCCAACUUCAUGAAGGUGAUCCCAGCAGUGAGCAUCAGCUAUGUGGUGUACGAGAAUCUGAAGAUCACCCUGGGUGUGCAGUCACGGUGACGGUGGGGAGCGUGGCCCCACCCGGCAGACUCUCUGAUCCUGGGCCUGCAGCCCCAGGGUUUGUAGCCAUCUCAUUCUGUGAAUGUGCCAACACUAAGCUGACUUACACCAAGCUGUGAAGACCCUGGGAUGUGCAAGGGGAGCGGGGAUGAGCUGGCAUGCCCACUGGGUUUGUCCUGCUGACCCCAGCUGAUCCUCUGUCCAUUCCAGGGAAGACCUGUGGAUAUUCCUCGGGGUCCAGGGGUCAGCAUGAUUCAGGCUCAUGCACAUCAGGACAGGGAUAUUUCCUCCUGCAGUGCCUGCCAAAUAGCAGAGCUUGGAAGCUGGCUUAGUUCUUCCAUCUCGCCCUAGCAGCCAGACCAUCAGCCAUAGGCCCUCUGCCCUCUGGCCUACUGAGCGUUUUCCCCCUGCCCACUUGGCGUCUCUCCUCUCUGCUAUUUUAAUAUGGUAGGAGGAGGACUAGCAGCCCACUCCCCACCCCUCUCCUCACUUGUCUCCUCUCAAUCCGUAGUAGGAGGUGAUGUCACCUGACUUGACAAACCUUACUUCCCCAACCUACAGCCUCGAUGCUGGCCUGGUCAUGCAGGGCAGAGGGAGGAGGCUAGCUUCUGUGUUCACCCUCCCUUGAGCCCCUCUGUUGGCUCGAGCUCACCAACUGGUGGGCAUGUGCAUGCUGGGUGGUUGAGGGGCUGCCCGGCAACAGGGUGCAUGGCUUCACAAAGUUGGUGCUGGGUCCUGGAACCCAGAGGACCUCUGCAACUUGUCUGGGGCCUCAUGACACUCUGAGCUGGCCUCGCACGCUGUCAGGACUGGCACUGGCUCGGAACCAAACUCCACCUCCCCGCUCUGUGGCAUGAGGGCAGUGGGGGAGAGUUUUUAAGGGGAGAAGGGCAGAGUUUCUGCCCCAUGUCUGCAUCCCCUGGCAAGAGAAGGAAACGGUGUUAAAGGCCUUAAUUAGGUAUUGUUGGGAAAAGGGUUUUGUUCAGAAAGGCAAGCUGGACAAACGUGCAAGCUGUUUGCUUCCAGAGAGGAGACAAAGGGAGUAAGUAGAUAGGUUUGCUGCCUGUGUUAAAGUCUAUUUCUGAUGUCCCUGGGGAUUUAUGCCCAAUCCCAACUGGGGUGGAGAGGGACCAGCCUCACAUUCCACUGACGUAAUGUAUCACACUGCUUGGAGCCUAUUUAUUUCGUAUUUAUUUGAACAGAGUAUGCCCUAACUAUUUUUAUAGAUUUGUUUAAUUAAUAGCCUGUCAUUUUCAAGUUCAUUUUUUAUUCAUAUUUAUGUUCGUGUGAUUGUACCUUCUCCACACCACGCGGUGCUGGUGGGGAGAGGAAAGGAAGGAGGCCUUCCCACUACCCAAGUGUAUGUCUGUCUGUCCAAAGAAAUUCCUCUCAGAGAUGAAGAUGGGGAAGAAAAGCAAGGAGCAGGAGGAACCUUAAUCGUGGGGGAGGGACGUGUCCUUGGGCAGGUCGGGGCUGGGCUCCUCGGGAUUCCUGUUACUUGCGUGUUCAGGAAGGAGUGAGCCCAGGAAGCCUCGGAAGCUGUGGAAUGAAGGCCUGUCCAGGGGGCGGGAGGAUUGGGAGAAAUAUCAAAAAACCUUGAAGAUGAAAGUCCAAAUCAUUUCCUGGACUGGCAAAAUUUCUUUGUCUGACCCUUUUUGAAUCAGAAGGCAGUGAGGUGCCUCUCACUGUGGGUUUCUGGUGGAUGGGUGGGGAGGGGGCCGUGGAGGAGAGGGCGGCCAGCUCCCCAGGAUCAUUUAUUAGUGGGCUCUCUCCCGCCACCCCCGCUCAGUAAUGCUGGUCAACUUGCACCUCUGCAGUUGCACUUCCGUUCCACCAGAAUGGCCUACUGAGGAAAUCUAAAAUAGGAUGCAAAGAUCAAUGCAAAAUUAUUGUUAUAUAUAAAUAUAUAUAUAGUUAUAACUGGACUUUGUCAAAAAGCAAAUUAAGAAAGAAUUGGAAGUUGUCAUUUAAAACAGCCUUCUAAUAAAGCUUCAAAGCUCA